UCAGGGCGAAAAGCUMAAUUCAAGUUAGCUCCCGUGACAAUUUUAAAAUAUCGUCAAAUUUGWGUAUAUUUUUUAAUAGAUUCUUUAGUUAAGUUAAUCACCAUUCGCUGUAAUACUUUGCUYAUUUGAGACUGGCUUUCUUCGACUUGUGUAUUUAUUUGAUAUAAUGCUAAAUGUAGCUAACUUGCUUUAGCUUGUAAACGUGCAGCAUGAAGAUGAACCCCGUAAUUAUAAUGAGGCUGUGUGUCCUUCAUGAAGCCUGUGGAUCAUGUCUCUGAUCCUGUUUGCAUUUGUAGUGCGGGUCAGGGAUGGACUCCCCCUGUCAGCGUCCACCGACUUCGAACACAACCGAGAGCUGCAGGAGAGGAAGCAGCAGCUCAGAACCGUUAGCAAGUCACUGGUUAGCCUUCCUGACCGGGGCACCGUUAAGGGCCAGCAGCUCCACAUAUACUUCUCCUCCUCAGAGGGUGUAUCCUACAUGAGUGUGUGCCACUACAGCCUCCCUGUUGCUAAAGCCUUCUGCUUYCUGGAAGAUCUGCGCUGGGAGUUCACAGCACGCUUCGACAGCUCCGUCGUCGCCUUGGCAGCUAGGCCAUAUCCAUUUCUGGAAUUCGACAGCACUAUUCAGAAGCUGAAGCAGCAGUACAACCAGAGCGGUGGUCCGACUCUGGAGGUGACUCUGGUGGAAGUCCAGGAGGAUCUGAGAAUCCGUCCACCACAACUGAUUAACUUGGACGAAGUGGAGCUAACGAACGGCGUCGCAAACGGACACGUAGAGCAAAGUCCUGCACCGGGUCAGAACCUGAGGCUUGAACCCGUGACGCCACAGGGCAUCCUGUCACUCGUCCUCAAUAUCGUGUGUGCGUCCCUGAACGUGAUCCGCGGCGUGCACCUCAUAGAGAACACGUUGCAGGAUGAUUAUGAGGGAGUUUGGAACGUUGUGGCGUUUCUCCUGGCAUUUGUCUGCUGUGCUCUUCAGUGCCACCUGUACCUGUUCCACUCCUCCCAGAAGAAGUUAAAGUCCUUCUUCCUGCUGAGCGUCAUCCUCCUAUGCAACCUGUACCUGCUCGGCUUGAGGAACACGUGGCAGCUCAUCUUCCACGCCUCCGUGGCCUCCCUCUCCACCUUCCUCACCCUCGCUCGCAAAGUCCAACACCGGGCGGAGGACUGCGGCGUCUGAGGAGCGCGGCGCGGGUUCCAAAGUGCCGCGUGGAGGGCGUUUCCUCCAGCGUUGUUUCAGUUUGUGACGUUUGUGAACGUUUUGUCAUCGAGGUGAUUUUAAAGUUCAAGAUACAUUUGAGUGGACAGGAAGUAAUUUGUGUGGAUCGUUUUAACGACUCACAACAAUGAAGGAACAUUCUGAACUCUUAAAAAUGUCUGACGAUCAUCAAAUUGGGAUAAAAGAAUUUUCAGCAAAAACGAAGGAGUUUUUCAACCAAAGGUUUGCUCUUCUCUGAUUUGAUGACUUUUACAUUGUCUGUUUACAAAGUUCAGUCACAGUUUGUAAUGGUUAGAAGUCAUUUAAUUCAAUUUCUAAGCUAUGAUCGGGAUUUUUUUUUACAGAUGAACAUAAAUAUUUAA